UUGGCGACGAUGAUGAACAUGGAGAAGCAUGCGAUCGUCCUCGACGUCGGGAGUCGGUACCUCAAGAGCGGGAUCUCGGGCGAGCGCAGCCCCCGGUCGGUCCUCCGCUACGAUCUCGCCGAGAAGCUCCUCCAGACGCCACCGCUCUCCAAGGCCCAGUGGCACGACUACAUGGGCGGCCAUCUCUACCGCGUAUGCUUUCACGACCUCCGCGUGACACCCAAGAGCCGAAGGUUCGUCGUCUGCGAGGACUUGCUCCUCCCGCGCAACCUGCGCGAGGCCAUCCACGACGUCCUCCUUCUCGUCUUCAAGGCCAAGCAUCUGCUCUUCGUGCCCGCGACGACCACGGCGCUGUACGCGACCAGCCACGUGACGGCGCUCAUAGUCGACGUCGGCUGGCUCGAGACGCGGGUUCUCCCAGUCUUUGAGCGCAUGCCGAUCCUCUCGGCCUACAAGACGACCGGUCUCGCGAGCCAGUAUGCAUGCGCCGGCCUCAAGGGCUACAUCCCGACCCGCGAUACACCCGUCGAAGACAUCCUCGAGCGCGCUUGCUUUGUCCUCCCCGCGUCCUCCGAGGCUCUUGUCGUUGAAGACGCCGAGUUCUUUGCGUAUACCCCAAAAGCGGUCACGCUGCCCGCGGCUGCCCGCCACGAGUGCUUGGAACCGCUCUUCACCGGCACGGACGAGCUUGUCUCGAUCCCCGAUGCGAUUCUCGACUGCUUGGCCAAGUGCCCCGUCGAUACCCGAAAGGCGCUGUCGGAAAACAUCCUGUGCAUUGGUGGCACGUGCAUGCUGCCCGGCUUUCGCGCACGGCUCCAGCACGAGCUCCAAGCAGAGCACAUGUCGGCGCGCGUCGUGGCGACUGCGUUCCCGCCCAACCUCAUGACGUGGGUCGGUGCCUCCGUCUAUGGCUCAACGUCCGAUGCCAUGGCAGUGUCGCUCUCGCAGAGCGAUUACGCAGCGCAUCCGGUCGUCGACGACUGGAUGAAGAUCCACGAAGCCCCAUAAGAUUGGAAUAGGUCAAGCAACACG